AUGAGACGUCUUUUACAUGGCACUUUAGCUAAAUUUUAAGGUUGUAUACCAGUAGAAAGACCCCGUGAUUUAGCCAAAUUAGGAAAAGGCUAAAUAAUAGAGAUAAAAGACAAUAUAAUGAAAGGAAAAAAUACGUAAUUUACAUAAGAAAUCAAUAAAGGGACUUAAAUAAUUUUAAAAAUAAUUUAGGAAUAAAUAAGAGUCCAAGAAGUCAUAAAUGAUAUCGAGUUAAAAUUAACAUAUGAAGGAGUUUUAGAAUCUUUCGAAAAUAUAAAUGAAAGUUUCAAAAUAUGUCCAGAAAUAGAUUAGUCUCGUUUAUUCGGAUAUGUAUGGAAAGCUCUGAGUAGAAAACAAUGUAUAGGAAUAUUCCCAGAAGGUGUUUCUCAUGAUUCUACUGAUUUGUUUCCUUUAAAAGCUGGUGUAUGUAUUAUGGCAUUAGGCUCAAUGUAAAAAUAUAGAAAUAAAGUUUAUAUUGUACCUUGUGGUUUAAAUUAUUUUAAAGGACAUCGUUUUAGAUCAAAAGUAACAAUCGAAUAUGGAUAAGUAUUUGAAGUUCCUUAUGAAUUAGUAGAGUUAUAUUAGACUAAUAAAAGGGAGGCUAUAUCUACUUUAAUAAUGGAAAUUGAAAGUAGGAUGAGAUAAGUAGUUUAUACAGCAAAAAAUACAUCAGAAAUAUAGGCUAUUUUAUUAGCGAAAAGACUUUAUGUUUAAUCUUAUGAAUAAAAGGAUAAAUCUCAUCUACUUUCAAAAUAGUUUAUGAAUGGAUAUAGAAAUAUUAAAUCACAUCCUGAGUUUUUGUAGUUGAUGGCUUAGUGUAAAAAUUAUAAUUAAAUUAUGGAUAGCUUCUCUUUGACAGAUGAGGAAACUGUUAAAGAUUUCAAAAAGGGAUAUUUUUUGGGAAUUUUAGGAAUUCUUUAUUCUGUUUUUAGAAUUAUGAUUUCUUUAUUAUUUUCUUUCCCUGGUAUUAUUUCAAAUGCACCUAUAGGUUAUUUUUUAAGGUAUAAAGCUGAAUAAGCAAGAGCUAAAGAAGCUUAAGGAUGGCCUUCUCCAUGUUUGGAUGUGGUAGCAUCUUAUAAACUUUCCUUUGGACUUAUUUUGGUACCUGUUUGGUUUUGGAUUUAUUAUAUUUUUUUGUAUUUUAUUUUGAAAAAUUAUGUAUUUUCGGAAGAAGAUUAAUAAUAUUUAGUUUAUUUAAUUGUUGGCUUGUUUGUUUUUAUAUAUCCAUUCUAUUCUUAUAGUAUUUUUUUUAAUUUAAUUAAAAUUAAUUAUUUUAAUAUUUUAAUAUUUAAUUUUAGUUGUACUUAAAUUUUUUGA